UCCACUUUGCCACUGCAUUGAGUAAAGUCAGAUUAGUGCUGGCUGCGCUCUCACGGCACGUCAGUGUGAGAGGCGGCUGACCCGCAAUCUCUUUCAGUGAGUGCACCGGGUCUGAAGCGGGACAGGGAAAAAAGUCCCGUCUAUCUGAGUAUACCCAGUCUGAGUCAGCACAGAACGGAGUGAAGUCCAUCAGGACGUCUACCCGAGUGAACCCAGCCUAAACUGGGACGGGAAGGAGCGGAGCUUACAUGAGGUGAAGAAAAUCUCAUGUCAUUUACACAACAGUUAUGAGCCAGCUUUGUGCUGUUUGGAUGGCAAGAGGAAGUGUUGCCAUCACACCAUGUUCUUGGAGCCCUGAAUGUCCAUGGCUGCAGUCCACACCUUGUCUGUAUCUAGUGAUCGCAGCAACCUGUACCCUUGUUCUUCAGUCGACAGCAAGUGCAAAAUGGGAAGCGUUGGUAGUCUGAUGGCUGAAAAACAUGACCUUGCAAGUGAUAAUAUGAAGAGUCACCGAAAUGGGAAUGCUUACAACCUCAGGCAGCCAGAUGGACUGUUUAAAAAAGGACUGACCCAGAGAGAGCUGUUGAACUAUCUUAACAGCACCAAAAAAGGACCAAAGGCAGAGAAAAGGAUUGCAUCUGGGUGUUCUUCCAUGGAACGCUGCCGAAAAGAUGGACAAAAUGAGAUUUAUGGGAAGGAGAUUGAUCUGACAAAGAAUUCGCUUCCUAUUGGAGGGAAAUUUGAAAAGUCACGAUUCCGACCCUCUGCAUUCAAGCCGGUGGUGCCAAAGAACUUCAGUUCAAUGCAGAAUCUGUAUCCACAACAGACCAAGGAGCUGAGCGACAGCACAGCCAGCCUCAACGUCUUCAGCAAGAUGGACCAUUCACCGCUGAGGAAUGGAGGCGAAAAGUCGGAUUACUUCAGGACAGUCAGUCAAGAGGAAGACCUGUCCGACUCUGGGCGGAACUCCAUGACCAGCCUCCCUCCCUGUGGAACAGGCCUGAAGCACCACACAGGGCAGAUAAGCGCCUCCAUGGGGCAAAUCAACCACAUUGGCUCAAACUGCAUUGAUGGGGGAUCCAAGGAGGUUUCAAACUCUGACAGCGGCCGUUUCUCCUGCAAGAGUAUGGCAGUCCUGAGCCGGCUGAACCCCCAGGGCAAUAUGUCCCCUUCCUGCGAGCUGUCACGAUCGAUGGAAGAUGUUGUCAGAGAGCUGGAAGACCGGCUUCACGAAAAAGAAGUGGAGUUGAAACACGUGAGGAGGAACCUGGAUGAGAGCGAGGAUGCUAUUGCUCAGGUGUUCGAGGACAAGCAAAGGCUAUGGGAGAAGGAGAUGGAAGAGCUCAAGCGAAUCUAUGCCAGCAAGCUGCGCCAGGUGACCCAGCAAGCCCAGCACACCCAGCGGACUCUCCAGCUGCAGGUCUUCAAGAUCCAGCAGGAGAAGAGGAAGCUGCAGGAGGAUUUUGACAAGUUGUUGCUGGAAUGUGAGCAGCUCAAAAGCCGAUGUACAUCUUAUCGACAGGAGCAAGAUGACUUGACCCCAAAGCUGGAGGAGACCAAAUGGGAGGUCUGUCAGAAGGCUGGCGAGAUCGCCCUACUAAAGCAGCAGCUGCGAGACUCUCAGGCGGAGGUGGCUGAGAAACUGAGUGAGCUGUUCAGCCUGAAAGCCCUGCUUCAAGAAGUUCGAGUGGAGCUCUGUACCAAAGAUGAACAGGUGUUGCUGUUAAAGAACUCUCUGCAGGAACAGUCCAAACAACUUGCUAAAAGUGCAAGUGCCCUGCAGCAGCAGAAGGAACCCACCUUAGUCCAAGAAGCCUGCCUGAGGAGAGACGGAGUCCCCGAAGAGAUGAAAGGCUUGUUGAACGGGGAGACUGAUGAUCUGAAGUCCAGAGGCUUUCACGAAGACACCACCCAAGGUCUUGUCCUCCAGGUUGAAAGGCUGAAAGCAGAACUGUUAUUGGAACGAAGGCAGUGUGAAGCCCAAGCUGCCAACUUUGAAAUUGAGAGAAGUACCUGGCAGGAUGAAAAGGAAAAAGUCAUCCAGUAUCAGAAACAACUGCAGUCUAGUUACCUAGAGAUGUACCAAAGAAACCAGGCCCUUGAGCAAGAAAUUCAGGAGAUUGCAGCCAAAGUAGAACUAACAGACAAUGAUGCUAAACAGAAUUUACCAUGGAUUGAAAGGAUCGAAUCCUCUGAAAUAUGACAGGCAAUGAAAUUGUGCAUCAUUGUUUGUAGAUCAAUCAGGACACUUACUCUUUUUUAAAAAAAAAUAUCUAUAUUGUGUUGAAUUCCUCAAGAUGAGCAAAUUUUACAAAGCAUGAUGGCAGGUUGUAGCAACUGGAAGAUAUUACUGACUUGAAUCUACAAAUGGAAAGGAUUUAACACAAGGAAGCUUCCAAAAUUUUCUAUAAUGGAAAGUGGUGUGUGAAGAGAACCUGGAAUACUUGGUUCUUGAUAACUCCAAUCUGAGAGUUUUUUUUCCCCAUAAUUGAAAGAUGCUACAAGCAACUUCUGUACACGCAAUGAUAACAAACCUGACUUAAAUCAAUCCAAUUUAAUGUUUAAACUCAAUGCUUCAAAAUGUUAAAUAAUCCAAGGAUGUUAUUUUGCAUAUAUAUAAUUACAUUUGUUAGAAUUGCUGCAGAGAAUGACACAUUAAUGUAAUUCAAGUCCCUCUCUGAGUUAGUAAUUGUUAGAGUUUAGUUUAAAUUUUCAGAUUCUACAGAUUUAAGCAUAUCUGCCAAGAAGUAAUAUUGAUUUUGGAACAACAUUUUUAGGGCAGUGAAAAGUAUGCAAGAUCUUGUCCGUGUUUAAAUUUUUUGAAUAAGAUUUUCCUCUUUUUUUGAGAUGGAGUUCCAUUGGCUGAAUUUUAUUCAGAUUUUGUUUUAAAACAAUAUCAUUUUUUACUAUGAGCCAUAGAAACCAAUUUCUUAAUCAUCUUCCUUUGCCAUUUCAUCACUCAUUCUGUUUAGAUAAAAUAGAAGUUUCUGUCUUGUGAGGAUCAUGAUUGUACUGGCAAGAUACGAUUCUCUUUGCACCAUCCAUGAGGGGAAAUAUUUUGCUUUUGUCCAGUGCCUCUCUGAAACAGUUGUACCCAGAGGUUGGGCCUUAAGAGAAGAAUAUGAUAAUGGUGAAACCAAUAUCAAAACUCUAACCCUACUAGCUAGUACUCAUUGGAAUUGAUAUGCAAAUAUCUACAGCUGAUGUUUGUUCACUGCAAAGUCAGGGCAGUGAUUGCAGUCCUUGUUAUUUUUUGUAAGGCACACCAGUUGUAUCCAAUCACUGGCCAGAGUAGUGUCUGGCUCAGAAAAAAAUUGACCACCUAAAUAACACCACAUUGAAUGGGUAAAUACAUCUGCCUGAACCCUUCUCUGGAGAGGACUUUCUCCUCGGGAAAAGUCUUGUUCAGAGCUAUUUUGUGACUUGGAAGGAAACAGCCUGGCUAAAUUUAUAAAUACAUUUUCAUUCUUGUUACAAGAUUGAGAAUUUUGAAAUCAUACUGAGAUAUACUGUGCAACUGCCAUUUAUGAUCAUUACUCCUCAUCGCAUGUCUUAAAGGAAUCCUAAGGCAAUGUUCAUAGAAUAAUUCACAAAAUCUGAGCAAUGUCCCACCGACUGCAUUGCAAUGACCAGCUAGUUGGUCUCUUUUCAGCUACAUAGAUUGACAAAGGAACGUUGAUCAAAAUGCCUGGAGAAGUCCUUACCACGUGAACAAUGCAAUGGAUUUUUCAUUCAUGUGUGAAAAGGCUAAGUAAUCUGUUUUAACAUUCUCAGCCAAAAGGCAGGACUUGCAACAGUGCAGAACACUCUCAGGUUCUGCAUUAAAAUAUUGCCUCAUUUCUGUACUGAAAUGAUCCCUUAGCUUGUGUUUGUGACUUGUGUGGUUUGAUCCACAGCCUUCUGGGUAUUCUUACUGAACCAAGCUGAUAGUGAAAAUCUGAAUACCAAUGAAUGGAACUAAUGUACAAGUAAGUUAGGAGCAGAUGUAGGCUAACUAGUGACCCGAGCCAGCACUGCCAUUCAAUAAAAUAAUGGCCACUCAAACUAUAACUUCAAUUCUACAUUCCUACCUUACCCCAGUUAUCCCUGCUUAUUGAUCAAGUAUUUACCUACAUCUACCAAAGAAUGGACAUUGGAAGCAGAGUUCCAAAGAUUCAAGAUCCACUGAGAGAAGAAAAAUCUUUUUUUUUAAAUGGCUGACCCUUAUUUUUAAAUAAUAACCCCAAGUCCUACAUUCUCUCCAUGUCCACUCUUUCAAUACCCUCAUGUUAGCAAACUAAAAUUUCCAGGUGGUUUUGACUUCAAAGCUGCAGCAGAAUUCAUGUCAGGUUUCUUAAAUUCCACCAUGUUUUUUUUAGUACAAUCAGAGAGUGUUAUCUAGCUAAACACAGGUUUGCCACUGUGGAUUGGUCAGUUAUACAUUUAUUCUCCACCUCAGUACAGGGCUGCUUGGAUCACUGCUGGUCAGCAGAAUCUAAAGUUGCUUCUGCCAGCUUUUCAUCUCAAUGCUCUUUACAAUUUCCCAUCCGUGCUUGAAAAUCCCACUGUUCAUUUAAUAUCUAUGCAGCAAAAUCAUGUCCCUUUGUUUCUUCAGCAACUCUGUCUCCAACUUUGUCAUGGAGUCAUACAGCACCAUAAUAGGCCUUGCACUCCACUGAACUGACACUUACAUCAAGAUCCAUUUACACUAAAAAUGAGUUUAGUGUAGGAUUAUUAUUCCCACAUUUCCACCAAAGCCCUCAAGAUUCUACACUCACCUACACACAAUUCACUGUGGCCAAUUAGCCUACCAUCCUGCAUGUCUUUGGGAUGAAACUAGAGCAUCCAGAAGAAACCCAUGUGGUCACAAGGAGAAUGUGCAAACACAACAUAGACAGCACUAGUGGUCAGGAUUGAACAUGGGUCACUGCAGCAGUAGCUGCACCACAAUAUCCCGGUCUGCCUCGUCCAUUCUAACAUUCUUUCUAGAUGCAAGCAAUACUGAAAGCUAAUGUUAUUUCUUCAUGUAAUUUAAGGGGCUUGAAAACUGAAUAAAAGCAACUUCCAAAAUCACCAAAUCUUCUGAACACUCAAGGGUUGAAUAAUUUCCGAAAGAAGCUCAGGCCCUACUUCUUGCUGUUCAUGAUUACCUCUUUGCAGAGUGUGAACACAAGGAAUACUGCUCUCCCUUCAGGAAAGAGUUCCCACAUGAGAACAAAGUGAUGACCUGUUGCACAAAAUAAAAACAGAAAAUGCAUUUUCUGUUUAGUUUAGAUUUUCAGAAUCUGAAGCUUUUCGUUUUGAUUUUCAUCUGUCCUAUUGUACUUUGGUGAGACUUGCUUUAAUGGAAUCCACGGCUGUAAAAACAGCCACAUAACAUGGUUCAUGUGACACUACAUUUUUCAGUUCUUCCUGCCUCCCCACUAUACCCAAAAAGAUGGUUCCUUUUAGAUAUGUUCUAAAUACAAAAUGCCAUUGGUAUAGGAGCACUGGAUGCUGCCUGAUCUGGGUGGCAUUUCUUGAUUUUUUUUUCUUAAUUUUUUAUUUUCAGCAUCUGUUGCAUUCUGCAAAAUAGUUCUGAGUAACUCUGGAGCCCUUCCACAGUCAGCAACUGGGCCGCACCAGCUUGGAGCUGGAUUAUACAGGGUACGGAAGGUUGCGAGGUUCUGAUCCAAGACCUCCUCUCCCACCUCUUUUCCCCUUUCUCCCCAUCUGCACUGGCUGCAUGGUGGACUAGUGCUCAACAUUCAAAGAACAAUAGUGACUUCAUGGCCUAGUAUGACAUGUGCUCUCAUUAGAUGGAUGAUACUCUGAGUCCAUCUAGUGACAAAGAUCAGCACUGCACCAACAUUCUAAGCAUCUCGCUCCUCUUUACUGCCAUCUCCACUGCCUACUCCUAUCACUGUAGCUGACUGUACCAGUUAUGUUGUUGCUGUGAGUACCAGCAGCAAUCUCAGUUCACCUUAAAAUACUUAACUUUUAAUCGGUGUCUGUAGUAGUAAAUUAAAUAGCUGGAAAAUGAUGACCCGGCAUCUUAACAUUGUUUAGUAACCGAGAUGAGAUGUAUUAAGCUUGCUAUUUACCAAUCAUUUAUGGCUUGAACUCUGACUUAAACAUUUUCAAA